GGAAGUGCGUGCAGCUUCAUUAGCAAGAUGGUGGCCACCAGGAGAGGAACGCGCGUGGACUCCCCUAUGAAAAAUACCAGCGAUGAAAACUCUGGAGCCACGCAGCCUACUCCUUCGACUAGAAGAACAAGGCGCAGAACGCUAAUGGAGGAAAACCAGUCCCAGUCUGAACUAACUAGUGACUCCCAGCCGGAUGAGCCGAAGGACGACAGUACUGCCUCUUCCUUAGCAGCAAGUACACCCAAGCGAGACACAAGAAGAUCCAUACGUAUCCUUGCUGACAAAAAGCAACCCGACUCUACCCAUGAAGCUGAUGUGUCUGAGUCAGAAUCUUGCUGCUCUGUAGUUUCUGAUGUGCAAGCAACACCUAGAACCCGACGGAGUACUGUGGUCGUGGAGAAGCGCACUGCACAGGAUGAGUUAUCCGAAGCCGAAUCCUGCUUGUCCACCGUGUCUGAGACCAAUUCUCGUAGAGCCCCUCGCAGCCUGAGGAAACGUGUUCUGACUUCAACGGCCUCAAAGGAUGCUGAAAAGGUAGAUGAUGAUCCCUCAGGUGCCGAGUCCUGUAGUUCUGCUGUAUCCCUCACAAAAGUUACUGACACUCGUCGGAUAACGAGGAGCCAUCGGAAGACUGCUGUUCGUACCACUGAUGCAGAUCCAUCUGAAGCGGAGUCAUGCUCCUCCAGUGUUUCCGGCCUUCGCGGCUCUGUGGUCCGCAGAUCUGCACGAAACCAGAAGGUAAAACCGAUCGAGCCGAUCCCUUUGAGUUUAGAGGAAACCACAGACACCCCUUCUUCUCCAAUGCCCAUGAAGCUGAGAGGUCGUAGUUGCAAAACAGGAGUUGAAGAUGGCGAAUACGACUCUGAUGCAUGCAAGUCCGGUCCCAGCAUGAGUCCCUGGAGAGCCACAAGGCGUCAGCCCAAACGCAACAUUCUGGUUGGUGAAUCAGAUUCAGAAUCGAACGUCUGCACCUCUCAGGGGAGCCCAAGCCCUCAAAGAGGAAGAGGGACUCCUUGUAGUAGCCGAACCGGGUCUUCCAGUAGUGCCCGUGCGGUUCCUGUAACCAGGACAAGAAAAGCACGAUUGACUUCUGAUGCCGCUGCUACUGCCAUGCCUGAGGAACUUGAACUUCAUCAUGAAAGUAUACCAGUACCUGAUGGAGAUAAGGCUGAAGACACAGAUCAACUGGACAGCACCAUGACCACAGACACCAGUGAAGCCCAAGAGUGCACCAUGAUUGAGGAGAAAGCUGAAGAUACCACUGUAAUUCUUGAUCAGGAUGAGCCCGUCGAGAUGCUAGAACCUCAGAGCAGCAUGCAAGACGUCAAGCCAGUGGAGGACUGUGAAACCGAAACUCUGAUGCCUCAGGAAGAACCAGUGGCUGAAACUUCCGCUACACUAAUUGAAGAUAAAGAACCAGGAGAAUCCAUGGAAAAUAAUGCGCCAGAGUUUGUGGAAACAAGCCAUGUUGUUGUGGAUCAAACAUGCACUGAGCCUGUAGAGAAGGAUACGGUAGAAGCAGCCGCAGAAGAUCCUGUACUAGCUGUGGUUGAGAAGAUCAUUGAGGAUCAGAGAUGUUCUGAACCUGUGUCGGAGGAUACGGUAGAAACAGCCGCAGAAGAUCCUGUACCAGCUGUGGUUGAGAAGAUUAUUGAGGAUCAGAGAUGUUCUGAAACCGUGACGGAGGAUACGGUAGAAACAGCCGCAGAAGAUCCUGUACCAGCUGUGGUUGAGAAGAUUAUUGAAGAUCAGAGAUGUUCUGAACCCGUGACAGAGGAUACAGUAGAAGACGCCCCAAAAGAUCUUAUACCAUAUGUGGUUGAGGAGCAUGAGGAAAUAGCUGAGUGUGAGAAGAAAGGUGUAAUAGUUAGUGAGGAAGCUAAUGACACCAAGUCAACUGAGGAUGACUCCGUAACAUUGAAGGACCUUGAAGGCCCUUCUACAAGCUCACAUUCUCAAGCAUAUUUGACCACCACAGAGGAAACUUCUAAGGAACUGCCUCCCCAGAAAGAAAUGAUCAGUUUACUCGACAGCAGUGAGGAUGAAGACAGUGCUGAUGAAGGUCUGUCUUCAGAGGAGGGUUGUUCACAGGAAGCUGUAGAUGUGGAGAGUGAAGAUGUGAUGAUGUGCCCUGAGGAAAAUCAGAUGUCAGAAGAAGCAGAGGCUCAUGGUAACGGACUGUUUGUCAUAGACACUAGACCUGGACUACAGCCUGAAGAACAGUACUAUAUUGAUAACAAGCAAACUAAGGAAGAGGAUGAGGAUGAUUUUGUUGAUGAAGAGGGAGAUGACGAUGAUGACGACGAUUCAAAAGUGCUCUUUGCUCCCAAAAAGCCUCUGAUACAACUAUCUAGUUCCAUUGACCCAGGUCUGAAAAUGAAGGAACUUGGUGGUUUGUACAUCAGUUUUGAUGGUAACAAGCCGAAGAAUCCUUUCAACAGUUCGCAAACCCAGAAGAACCCGAACAAUCAGGAUGAGUUGCUGAAGAAGAGUGUUAUUGUUCCGGAUUUUGAGAAGAAAGAUGCUGUGCCGCCUUACAAGGAAUCAAAGCAUGCUGCGAAACACAAGCGCAAGGCGGAAAGAGAAAAGACAACUGGCGAUGGCUGGUUCAACAUGAAAGCUCCUGAAUUAACAGAAGAGCUCAAAAAUGACCUGAAGGCACAGCAGAUGCGCUCAGCCAUGGACCCAAAGCGCUUCUACAAGAAGAACGACAGAGAAGGAUUUCCCAAAUACUUUCAGGUUGGUACAGUGGUUGACAGCCCAGUAGACUUUUAUAAUUCACGAAUCCCCAAGAAACAAAGGAAAAGAACCAUUGUGGAGGAGCUUCUUGCCGAUGCAGAGUUUAGAAGCUAUAACAAAAGGAAAUAUCAAGAGAUCAUGACAGAAAAAGCAGCACAGGCUGCUGGCAAGAUGAACAAAAAGCACAAGUUCCAUAAAAAGAAAAUGAAUAAAUAAAUUCACUAGGCAAAUCAGA